AUGGAGAAAGUGUAUGAUGCUAUCGUGGUGGGAGCUGGAAUUCAGGGAAGCUCAACAGCUUAUAACCUUGUCAAAAAUGGCCAGCAUACCAUGCUCCUUGAACAGUUUCCUCUCCCGCAUUCCCGGGGAAGUUCCCACGGGCAAAGUAGGAUUAUACGGAAAGCCUACGGGAGUGAGGGGUAUCACUACACGGAAAUGAUGCCGGAGGCUUUCCGACAGUGGAAGACGCUAGAACAAGAGACUGGAAUCACUUUAUUCAAGCAGACUGGCAUCCUUUUUUGCGGAACGGAUGGAGAAACUUUUAUGACUGAUGUACUCAAGUCGUUACAUAAGAAUUCCAUGCCGUACACUUCGUUGGAUUCAAAAGACUUACCGGAGAAGUAUCCAAUGCUGUGUUACCCCCCAGACUCUAUAGGAAUAGAGGACCCUUCAGGAGGAGUGUUGUUUUCAAACAAAGCGCUAGUGGCAUUCCAGAGUGAAUUUAUUAAGCAUGGAGGCGCCUUGUGUGACAAUGAGUCGUUAGUUGAUAUAAUCCCGGGUGAUAUUGUGACAGUAAAAACAAGCAAGGGCAGAUAUAAAAGCCGGAACCUGGUCCUGACAGUUGGACCCUGGGCAACCAAACUACUCCCUCGCCUUGGUAUCCAUUUACCAUUAAAGGCAUUGCGAGUCAGCGUGUUUUACUGGAAGGAGAAAAUUCCAGGAACCUACAGCGUGGAAAAGUUCCCGGUCGUGAUUCAGGAGCAUGGCACUUCAAACAACCAUUUUUACGGAUUGCCUUGCCUGGAAUAUCCAGGCUUGUUCAAGUUCUGUUGCCAUCAUGGACCGGAAGUUGAUCCCGACAAACGAGAUGACGUAGACUCGUCCUGGGUACUUGAGAAGACAAAGGCAUGCAUAUCGAAGCAAUUCCCUCUUUUGGAGCCUAUUCCCGCUAUCACGGAAUCUUGUAUAUAUACAGUGACGCCGGACAAUAACUACGUGUUAGAUAGACACCCAGACAUGAGCAAUGUGAUCAUCGGAGCAGGAUUUUCUGGACACGGAUUCAAGUUGGCACCGGUAGUAGGGAAGUUACUGUGUGAACUCGUAAUGCACAAGACAUCAUCUUACAAUAUGUCUCAUUAUAAAAUCAAACGAUUUUACAAUUCGUCAAAACUAUAA